GCUACUGUUGCACAUUAUACAACGAAUCCGCUUCAUAGAGGAAAAUAGAGAAGUAGUAUAGAGUAAAAUAGUAAAGUAAUAGUAGAAUAGAGGCUCCACGACUGAAUAUAAAACAGUGACGAUGUUGUGAUUAUGUAGACAGUAAUGUGAAGUGACAUUAGCUAGAGCAGAGGAUGGACUUUAAUAGCACUGUUCUGGUGACUGGAGGCUCUGGAUUUAUUGGUUCCCAUCUCGUGUGUUCACUGGUCAACAGGCACCCUGACUGGAGAAUUAUUAACCUGGAUAACUUGGAUUACUGCUGCAGCCCCAGGAGUCUGGAGAGCAUUGAAGACAGAGCAAACUACACCUUUAUCAGGGGAGAUGUGUGUAACUCACGGUUGGUGAAUCACAUCUUCAACACAGAAAACAUCGAUGUGAUCUUCCACUUAGCAGCCAAAACACACGUCGAGUCGUCGUUUGAAUCUCCGUCCAGUUUCCAGCAGGUUAACAUCGAUGGAACCAGAGUUUUACUGGGAGCUGCCCAUCAGGCCCGACACCAGCCGCAGCGCUUCAUCUACGUCAGCACUGAUGAAGUGUAUGGAGCCAGUCUGGAUGAGGUGUUUGAUGAGAGCAGUCCAGUGAGGCCCUCCAACCCGUAUUCUGCCACUAAAGCAGCUGCAGAGUACCUGGUCAGAUCCUACUGGGACAAAUAUAAGUUCCCAAUCGUUAUUACCAGGAGCAACAACAUCUACGGGCCCAGGCAGUACACGGAGAAGGUCAUUCCGAGGUUUCUCUCCCUCUUGCAAAUGAACAAUAAAUGCACCAUCCAGGGAACCCUCCCUAAAUCCCGCCAUUUCUUGUUUGUCAGUGAUGCCAUCAGUGCCUUCCUGCUGGUUCUGGAGAAAGGGAUUGUGGGCGAAAUAUACAAUGUAGGGACGAGCUGUGAGAUUCCCAUCAUGCAGCUGGCCAGGGAGCUUAUUAGGAUGGUCAAGAAUGUGCCAGACUCUGAGGUGAAUGACUGGCUCGAGUUUGUGCCCGACAGGCCGCGGGUCGACCUGCGCUACCCCAUCAACUGUGAGAAGCUGCAGCAGCUGGGCUGGAGAGCUGAGGUGUCCUGGGCUGAAGGCAUCAGACAGACUGUCAAAUGGUACCAAGACAACCCAGACUUCUGGUCAGACACAAGCAAGGACCAAGGACAAAUCAGAAGCAAGCUUGAAAAAGCUCCCAGCAAAUAAGUGGCCUUUGCUGUGCCCUGUGUCUCGACUGACAGGAUGCCGACUGAACAAAUUUCAGAUGAUAUUUAUGCAGCACAGAUGCUAUUAUGGCUGAUUUACAGCUCAAGGAACAACUACAGAACACUGCUGCUUCAUUCUUCUCAACUGUCUCUGAAUGAUCGUUGGACCAGCGGGCCCUGAAGUGCCUGCCAACAGGAAGGCAGCGCCUCCCUUCAACCAAAUCAAACAUUCAAAUGAAUGCACUUUAUCUUCAUGUUAAUUACUGAUUCAGCUGAUGUUGACAAGUGGUCUUAUUUUGCUCAACUUGGGCUUGUUCAAUUUUGAUGUACAAUCUUUAAAUGUUUAAACAUACUCUGUGGAAGUAUGUGGAAGCUCCAUGAAACAAUGUUAAAUCUCUCUCUUGUAAAGGCGGCAGCAUUCGGGAUGCUAGUCUGUUUUUAUUUACUUCCCUGAGGGGUAACACCGACAGAAACGGGUCAAACUGGGCUGCAGUGACAGUUGUGAAAAACCAAACAGGCACAAAUCAAAGACAGCUUCAUCCCUCGCUGCCAUGUGACAAACUGCAGCAUCACACUUGUGUCAGACCCUGAAUUUAUUUUGACAUUUUUGAAUGAGUUUUUGGGGCAUGUACGUUCAUGUAUUUCCACAGGGUAUGAUUGCAGGCUUUUUGCGCAGGAUUCAAAGCCAGCAGGCAGCUUGUCAAUCUAACAACCAAAUAUUUUAGUGGUGCCUCUCAGAACAGGUUAAGACGCAGGCAGUACAUUUACAUGCACAGUAAGUAAGGUAAGGUCGUGUGUUAACAUGCACUUUAAUAACCCGUUGACUGUAAAUCUGCCUAGAAUGUGAUUUCUCCCCCAAUACUGACCUUAUUUUAACAGUUGUAGUGGUGCAAUAUGCAGCUUCCUUCUGUUUUCAGAGGUGGACAGACUGUAAUGAAAGCACUGCUUUUCCUUAAGCGCAAAUGUGCCUGAAUUAUUCAAAUAGUCAAAUGCUGGAGGCUGCGUCUUGCUAGCCAAUUAAAAACCUGGUUACAUGUGUAUGUGGCAGAGAGAGAGAAAGCAAUUUCCUGGAGAAAUCAAGCAGGUUUCUCCUCUUCGUGACUUUUCACAAAUCCAGUUUCCGCAGAAAGACGGCUGAAACCUGGUUACUUACUUACGUGCAGGUUAAUGUACUGACAGACAAGAGUAGGAAGAAGGAAACCCCUGUUUAUGCCAGCCCCUAACAUCCAGCAUGUGUAGCAAGUUUUAGCAGCUGUACUGAAGGUGCAACUUCACAUUUCAAAUUUAAAAUGUGAACCUUUUAUGGUAUUUUGACUAGUUUGAAAUGUUUUAGUUUUAAUAGCAGCCAUAUUAUAAAAGGUUGAGAAGGGAACAGAGCUAAUUCAAAGUCCAGACAUCUCAGUCAGGUGUUUUUACACUGCACACAUUCUAAAUGUUUUUAAUCAUGAUGCUGUAGAAUGUAUUUAACAACAAAUAAAGUUAAUAUUUAAUAUCUUCAAGUUAUCUGGCACUUGUCAAACAAUCCUUCGCACAAGACACACAUACACAGAAGAAGAAGAAGAAACAGAUCAAAACACCAGUUACAUUUGCAAAUCCAAACCUUUAUUUGUGGUAAAAUCAGAAUAUAUGCACAGUUUUUUUUCUUCGUGCAGUGCUCCUCUUCGUGCACAACUGCUAAACUAAUACAUAAAGCAAAUACUAACUACCAGGCCGGUGCUGCUGUGUGUCCACAUUAAGGGGAUCUGGCCAGUCGGUAAUGGUGACGACACUGGGCUCCAUUUCAAUUCAGAUCUCUCUCUAAACAGCAAUCAUUCCUCAAUAGAUCACCUUCUAAAGUUACUCACAUUGAAAGUGAAAUGAAGCCGUGAAGUGUUUUUUUUGUGUACGUUGCAUCCCAGAUUGCCAUUUGACAACAACUACAGAAGAGCCAUGAACUUAUCGUCACAAAACUUUGUGUUAUUGCACACAAGAGGCUGUAAAAUGUGAUUAUUUGCCUGUGCGCCAUGUGUUUGAUCUGUUAAUGAUCGUGGAUUUACUUUGGCUCCAUUGCUUUCUGGUCCACUGAGGCUCCAGUCAUUGGACAAAUGGAUUUGUCCCAGUAUAACUGAGUGUUUGUGCAAAGUGGAAUUAAUGACAUUAUUCUUGUCAUGCAAGACAGAUGAAGAGCCAUGGAUCAGCUGCAAGUUGCAAUUAAAAAAAAAAAAGAAAAAAAAAA